CCUUUAGUCAGCGUUAUCGUUGCGGACGGACUGUUUUAAAAUGCGGACGCUGCUCUGUAGUGCAGCAGCUUGUGGAAAUUCAAAUGUUUAUAAACGCUUAUAAACUUCACAGAUUUAUUUGUUUAAUUUAUUAAUGUAUUCGUUUGCAGGCUCAGUACGGUCUCUGUGGAUAUUUUAGAGAGACGGUAGCCGGAAACUGCAGCUUGCUAAGUGAACUUCUGAGCAGUUUUAGCAAACGAGUGAGUUUCACAUUGGGUUAACACUGGAGGAGCUGCUGGAGGGAAUCGAGCAAAGUCUGAUUCAGAGAACUGCAGAACUGAGCUGUCGGGGCUUUUCUGCCUGUGCUCGCCAGCUGGAUGAGAUUUGAGUGUAUGUGGGACAGACUGAACAAACAAACUGUGCUGGUCUUUGGUACUUUUUGUAAUUUUCAUGCACGGUUUGUCUUCAUGGCCAUUUAGCCUUCAUUAACAACUCUGCGGUUCUGCAGUGUUUUCAGUAAUCUUUUGCAGGUGGACAUUACUGAGCAGACCAAACCACCUAAAAGCAGGCAAAAACCUCCAGGAUCUCAGUGGCUUCAUAAGCAGCUUAUCUUUCAACAGCUAGGUUAGAGCAGUCGUUAUUCAGGACUGCGACUCAGUCUCACAUUCAUUUCAAGCACUUCAAGUCUCCAUGGAUUUGUGAACGUGAGAAAUAUGAAGGGGUCCUUUGUUACUCUGCGUUGCAUGCUGCAGACAUCCAAGUAUCACGGUAUCUUCUCAUCUCUGGCUCGGAGACUGUCUUCAGCCAGUGGGCCAGGACCAAAGGUGUGCAUAGUGGGAGGUGGUCCAGCAGGGUUUUACACAGCACAGCAUCUCCUGAAGGCCCGGGAUGACGUGGUUGUGGAUGUCUAUGAGCGACUGCCCGUUCCGUUCGGCCUGGUUCGAUUUGGAGUGGCCCCAGAUCACCCAGAAGUUAAGAACGUCAUUAACACAUUUACGCAGACGGCCCAGCACGAGCGCUGCUAUUUCUACGGCAACGUAAACGUGGGUACGGAUGUCAGUGUGGAGGAGCUAAGGAAAGCUUAUCAUGCUGUUGUACUUAGUUAUGGGGCAGAAGCGAAUCGUUCUAUGGGAGUUUCAGGGGAAGGCUUGGCUGGUGUGUUCACAGCCAGAGAUUUUGUCGGAUGGUACAACGGACUUCCCAGCAACAAAGAGCUCCAGCCAGAUCUGAACUGUGAGACGGUGGUGAUUUUGGGGCAAGGCAACGUGGCGCUGGACGUAGCCAGAAUCCUGCUGUCUCCUCUGGACUUGCUGAAGAAGACAGAUAUUACCCAGCAUGCACUAGAUACUCUUGCAGCCAGUCGAGUGCGCAGGGUUCUAAUAGUGGGACGAAGGGGGCCUCUGCAAAUCGCAUGUACCAUUAAGGAGGUGAGGGAAAUGAUUAACCUUCCUGAUACUACAGCUGACAUGCUUACCGCUGACUUUGAAGGUGUACCUGAGGCUCUGAAAGACCUCCCCAGGCCGAGGAAGAGACUGACAGAGCUAAUGAUGAAGACAGUGAAAACAGAGAGUGGAGAACAUGAAGCAAAUAAGAGGUGGGGAUUCCGUUUCCUUCGCAGUCCUGUGGAAGUGCUCCCUGGGCCUGAUGGGAAAAGAGUUGCAGGAAUUCGUUUGGCUGUCAACAAGCUUGAGGGUUCUGGGGAGGACGCUAAAGCUGUGCCCACAGGCCAGAUGGAGGAUCUAGAGUGUGGUAUGGUCAUCAGCAGCAUUGGCUAUAAGAGUCUACCUAUUGAUCCAUGUGUGCCCUUUGACCCUCGCAGCGCCAUAGUCCCCAACAACAUGGGACGAGUGAAGGACACGGCAGGGCUGUAUUGCAGUGGCUGGGUAAAGCGUGGUCCGACCGGCGUGAUCGCCACCACUAUGAAUGACAGUUUUGAUACAGCACGAAUGCUACUGAAGGACAUGGAUUCAGGAAUGCUGAACCUGUCUGUGAACAAACCUGGUGGUCAGGAGAUCACAGCCUUACUCAGAGAAAGAGGUGUGAGAGCAGUGUCCUUCCCAGAGUGGGAGAAAAUAAACUUGGAAGAAGUGCGGAGGGGAACAGCUGUGGGAAAGCCCAGAGAGAAAUUCCUUGAAGUGAGAGAGAUGUUGGCAGUAGCCUGGUCCUGAACACAGUUGGAACAGUCCUCAGCGACCUAAACAAAUCCAAUUUCAUCAUUCUCUAGGUUUGAUUUGCUUGGAGAAAGUGGCCAGCUUCCGUUUGAAACAUUCUUCUUACAGAUGUACAAUGUAGAUCAGAUGUCUUCAAAUCUGGACCUCAAAUCCAGUCCUGGAUUUCGUAAUUGCUGGUCGUUAAAUUUAACAGUUUAUGUAACUGGUUGGCCACUUUCAUCGCACAUGACUUUUGAGUAAAAAGAAGGUGGAAAAUCUGUUGUACUUCAGUGAUGAGUGGUUUGAAUAUUGCUGACCUAGAUUCUGAUUUGCUUCUGUUGGCCGCAAAUAGUUCCAGGGCUCUGACUGGGCCUGGCAUCGAGCUUGAAUUUUAUAGUUCUAAUUUUGGAGCUCAUUGUAAUAACACACUGAAUCCUCCCCUCUUUCCCAGACACUCACUUCUGUAUACAAGUUCCCAGCUCUGGAUGCCUUAUGUGGCACUUGAAUAGCUUGUCAAGUAAUCAGUAGUUUGCACUAGCAAUCUUUGAGAGGGGAUAAAAUAAACUUAUGUAGAGCAUGGAGUCUCCAAAAAUGAAAUUAGUAUUCACUCUUGCAGUAAACCACUCUGUGUCAGGCCAGUAUCCAAUGCCUGCCAUUUGGAUUAUGUGGAGAAGCUCGCUUUAAGAUUUACAGACUUAUAAGUCAAACUGCUGCGAAAGUCCAUUACACCUUCAAAAGAAAAAAAAAUGCAAAGAAAUUAAAACUGUGUCAAUAAUGAGCACAAGGGUCAGUAGUUAGCAAAUGAGACCAUACAGUUAAUGGGGCCUUUAAAUUACACUACUAACUUUAUACUUCAUUUUGGCUGAAGUAAUUACAUGGGGUCAGGUUUCCCCAAAGCAUAUUCAUUUUAAAAGCAUCUGGAGUUUUACAAGGUUUGCACAGUUGGGAAGCAAGGCCAUUACUGUUCAACAGGAAUGGCUAACUUAAAGCAGCUGGUUUCUCUGCUUUAAUACUCUUAGUGAAAUUAGCUCUUUGUUAAUCAGAUCAAUCAGGGAAAACUCUAGGCUGAGCGGCAUCACAGCUACCUCAAAAACCCUGAUCCAGUGUUCUGCAGACAGAGUGAUGUCAUGGUCUCUCAUACCAUCUCUCUAUGAUUAGGUACAUGACAGACGUGAAAAAGGCCUUAUAGUAAUAUGUUUAGUGUUGUUCUUUUAAUGAUAUGAGAUAAUAUAAUUGUCUUUGUAAUAUACUUAAUAGAUUUAAUAAAAUUAUAAUACAUCA